UCCGCUUAUCCGUCUCUGUCUCUCUUCUCGCUUUCUAAGCUUCUCUCCAACAGGAAAACAAAAAACAGACAGAAGGUAAGAUUCUCGCAAAGAUCUCUCACCGGAAAGGAUGGCGGUUAUCUCUCGGAGCUCAAACAAUUGGAUUUCCUCUGUGAAGGUUUUACUGAUUUCAACUGGAGUCGUAUCCAUGGCUGUGAUAUUGAAGCUUUCUGUUCCAGUAGUGUUGGAGUUCAUGCUUACUGAAAUUCCUCUGAUAUGGGGGUCAUUGCUCUCAUGGCUUACGCCUCCUUAUCUCUACGUGGUAAUUAACGGGAUAAUAAUCACCAUAGCUGCGUCUUCCAGGUUUCACCAAAAGGUUGAUGAGCAGCAGUCGGAGACGGUGGUUCCGCCCGUCAAAGCGGAUGUACGAUCUGAUUUCGUCACCACGGAUAUGUAUGAAGAUGUAGUGGCGUUGAAGGAGCAAGUGGUCGCUGCAAUUCCGGAGUUGGCUUAUGAAACUGUUGUGAUGAAGAAUCCGGAAGAGACUCAUCCGGAUUUUGAAUCUUUGGAGCCUGUGGCGGGGUCUGGACAAGGUCAAGCUGGGGCUGCGGAGGUGAAGAAUCCUCCGACGCCUGCUUCAGAGGAGAAUGAUGAUUUUGUUAUCUCUAGAUCUACUUGGACGCCGCAGCGGAGUGAUUCGAUCGAGAUUCCUAACGAGUAUUCCUUCCCUGCUGAGAAACCACUGGUUUCUACUAGAUUUGCCCGGAAGGCCGUCAAAGCUAGCCCCGAAGGUGGAAGGGCGUUACGGGUGGCGAAACCGAAACGAAACGACACGCUGGAGAGUACAUGGAAGAUGAUAACGGACGGGCGCCCGAUGCCACUGACGAGGCAUCUGAAGAAAUCAGAGACGUGGGAAACCCACGAUCGUCACAACCACCCCGGAGCAGAGGAACUUUCUCCUGCGAAGGUGAAGAAGUCGGAGACGUUCAAGGGCCGUAACCCGAGGUCGUCGCCGAGUCCGUCACCGGGUUCCGGGAAGCCUCGCAAGGAACCUUCAUUGAGUCAGGAUGAGCUGAACCGGAGGGUUGAAGCGUUCAUAAAGAAAUUCAAUGAAGAGAUGAGGUUGCAGAGGCAGGAGUCGUUGAAUCAGUACAGGGAGAUGAUCAACCGUGGAACCUAGCAGAAAAUUUAGACAAUCAGAAAACAUUUCCGUUUUCAUUUUGUUCCAUUUUUAGACAUAAUUGAGUCAGUUCAAGUCUGCUUGACUUUAAUUUUUGGUUUGUUUUCGUUAAAAAGUUGAAAACUCUAUAGAAAUGGAAUUUGUUAUAAUCGAUUGGUUGUAUAAACUAUAAAGAAAUGGUUGCAGAGUGUUCUUUAAUUUGUUCUGUUUUUAUUGGAUGUACAAACUGGAAAGAGCGAAUGAAUUGAAUGAUUCUUCUGAUUGCUGCAUA